UGGCUGCUGUGCUGUUUGAAAGGUUUUUGGAAAUCAUCAUGCAGAGUUACUGAAAACAGCUGAUAUUACUGGAAUACAUUGGCCUCUGGCAAAGCCUCUUUGUUUCAUCAAAAAAAAUGAUGUGCGAGGUGAUGCCAACUAUCAGUGAGGCAGAGAUUCCCUCAGGGGGAGGUGGAAGCCAUGGUUCAGGUUCCCCCCUACAGUCCGAUGCUGAUUCCCAUUUUGAGCAAUUAAUGGUAUCCAUGUUGGAGGAGCGAGACCGCCUGCUGGACACACUACGAGAGACUCAAGAGACACUAACAUUAACGCAGGGCAAACUGCAUGAAGUUGGUCAUGAAAGGGACUCUCUACAACGACAAUUAAAUACUGCACUUCCCCAGGAGUUUGCAGCACUUACUAAAGAGCUCAAUGUAUGCAGAGAACAACUCCUUGAAAGGGAAGAAGAAAUUGCAGAACUGAAAGCAGAAAGAAAUAAUACAAGGCUGCUGCUAGAACAUUUGGAAUGUCUUGUGUCCCGACAUGAGCGGUCUCUUAGAAUGACAGUUGUAAAAAGACAGGCUCAGUCUCCAGCAGGAGUUUCUAGUGAAGUUGAAGUUCUGAAGGCACUAAAGUCCCUGUUUGAACAUCAUAAAGCCCUUGAUGAAAAGGUAAGGGAAAGAUUACGAGUAGCACUUGAAAGAUGUAGCUUGUUGGAAGAAGAACUAGGUACUACACACAAGGAGUUAAUGAUUUUGAAAGAACAAAACAAUCAGAAAAGAACACAGGCUGAUGGGAUGCCUGAUGUUAAUCAUGAUCAGGAAAAUACACCUAGCACUAAUGGGAAGAGAUCUUCCAAUGGCUCUCUAAGUCAAGAUGAAGACCUUGCUAAAGUAAUAGAACUUCAAGAUACUAUCGAGAAGCAAACUAAGGAGCAAGCUCAAAUGAAAGAACGUAUCACUACCCUUUCUAACAGAGUAGCAGAACUGGAAGAAGAUCUUGACACUGCUAGAAAAGAUUUAAUAAAAUCUGAAGAAAUGAAUACAAAGCUGCAAAGAGAUGUACGAGAGGCCAUGGCUCAAAAGGAAGAUAUGGAAGAGCGUAUCACAACCCUUGAAAAACGCUACCUCGCUGCACAACGUGAAACUACAUCUGUGCAUGACCUCAAUGAUAAACUUGAAAAUGAAAUUGCUAAUAAAGAUUCUCUGCAUCGACAGAGUGAGGAUAAGAAUAGACAGUUGCAAGAACGACUGGAACUAGCUGAGCAAAAAUUACAACAGACUUUGAGAAAAGCUGAAACUCUGCCAGAGGUAGAGGCUGAACUGGCUCAGAGAGUUGCAGCACUUACUAAGGCUGAAGAAAGGCAUGGUAACAUUGAAGAACGAUUGAGGCAGAUGGAAGCACAGCUAGAGGAGAAGAACCAGGAAUUGCUAAGGGCUCGACAAAGAGAGAAAAUGAAUGAGGAACAUAAUAAACGUUUAUCUGAUACUGUUGACAAACUUCUGUCUGAAUCUAAUGAGAGACUUCAGCUUCAUCUUAAAGAAAGAAUGGCUGCUCUGGAAGAUAAAAAUGCUCUUCUUCGUGAAGUUGAAAAUGUUAAGAAACAAGUUGAGGAGCUCCAAAAUGAGAAGGAUCAGCUAGUAUUAAGCAUUGAAGCACUGAGGGCUGAAAAUGAUCAGAUGAGGAUCAGGGGCUCUUCCCUUCAUCAUAGUCGGUCAAAUUUGGGCAUUGUACCAGAUUUUAGAUAUCCACUAGCACCUGCGGCUAUUGUUGACAGCCAGACAGAUUCUUACAGCACUUCUGUGUUAAGACGUCCGCAGAAAGGCCGUUUGGCUGCUCUGCGAGAUGAGCCUUCUAAGGUUCAGACUCUAAAUGAACAAGAUUGGGAGCGUGCACAACAAGCAAGUGUGCUAGCAAAUGUUGCACAGGCCUUUGAGAGUGAUGUUGACAUCUCUGAUGGUGAAGAUGACAGAGAAACAAUAUUCAGUUCAGUUGAUCUCCUGUCACCUAGUGGUCAGGCAGAUGCCCAGACUUUAGCCAUGAUGCUUCAGGAGCAGCUGGAUGCCAUUAACAAAGAAAUUAGACUCAUACAAGAAGAAAAGGAGAACACUGAACAGCGAGCAGAAGAAAUUGAAAGCCGUGUUGGUAGUGGGAGUUUAGACAGUCUUGGUCGGUUUCGAUCCAUGAGUUCUCUUCCUCCUCCGUUUACUGGCGGUUCCCUUUCUGGCUCUUCUCCACCUGGCAGUGGCCGCUCUACACCUCGACGAAUGCCACACAGUCCAGCUCGGGAAGUAGAUAGACUAGGUGUCAUGACACUAUCUCCAGUUUCUAGAGAUGACGUUAGAGAUGACAAGGCCACAAUAAAGUGUGAGACCUCACCACCCUCUUCACCUCGAUCUCUGCAUUUGGACAGGGCCUAUAAAGGAGCCUUGCAUACCGUGAGCCAUGAAGAUAUAAGAGAUCUCAGAAAUUCUACAGGUUCCCAAGAUGGACAAGUAAGCAAUCCCAGCAGCAGCAAUAGUAGCCAAGAUUCCCUUCACAAAGCACCUAAAAAGAAGGGAAUCAAGUCCUCAAUUGGGCGCCUAUUUGGUAAGAAAGAAAAGGGUCGUCCUGGACAGAUCAGCAAAGAGAGCUUGGGUCAAGUUAAUGUAAUGGAAGCAGACAGUUCAACUCAGGAUGGACUGGGACUUGGCAAACUGGGAGGACAAGCAGAAAAAAAUAGAAAAUUACAAAAAAAGCAUGAGCUGCUUGAGGAAGCCAGGAGACAAGGGCUGCCCUUUGCUCAGUGGGAUGGCCCCACUGUUGUUGUCUGGUUAGAAUUAUGGGUUGGGAUGCCUGCCUGGUACGUAGCUGCUUGCCGUGCAAAUGUGAAAAGUGGUGCUAUCAUGUCAGCCUUAUCUGAUACUGAAAUACAGCGUGAAAUCGGAAUCAGCAAUCCUCUACAUAGGUUAAAGCUGCGACUUGCCAUUCAAGAGAUUAUGUCACUAACAAGUCCAUCUGCUCCUCCUACGUCAAGAACGACCUUAGCCUAUGGUGAUAUGAACCAUGAGUGGAUUGGCAACGAAUGGCUUCCCAGCUUGGGACUGCCUCAGUAUCGCAGUUACUUUAUGGAAUGUCUUGUUGACGCAAGAAUGCUGGACCACUUAACAAAAAAAGAUCUUCGUGGACAACUUAAAAUGGUUGACAGUUUUCACAGAAAUAGCUUCCAGUGUGGCAUUAUGUGUCUGCGGAGAUUAAAUUAUGACCGAAAAGAGCUUGAAAGACAAAGAGAAGAAAGUCAGAAUGAAGUUAAAGAUGUCCUUGUCUGGAGCAAUGAGAGAAUGAUUCAUUGGGUGGUAUCAAUUGGUCUGAAAGAAUAUGCAAAUAACCUUAUAGAAAGUGGAAUUCAUGGCGCACUUGUGGCCAUAGAUGAAACUUUUGAUCACAAUGCAUUAGCUCUUUCAUUACAAAUACCCACUCAGAAUACACAGGCUCGUUCUGUGUUAGAAAGGGAAUUCAACAACCUUCUUGUUAUGGGCACGGACAGAAGGUUUGAUGAAGAAGAUGAUAAAAGCUUUAGACGGGCACCUUCAUGGAGAAAGAAGUUUAGACCAAAGGAUGUAAAAGGUUUAGCUGCUGGAUCAGCAGAGACUCUCCCCGCAAACUUCAGAGUUACCUCCUCAAUGUCUUCACCUUCUAUGCAGCCAAAGAAAAUGCAAAUUGAUGUUUAUCCUCACUAUUUCUACAGAUGAGCUGAAACGUUUUGAACUCCUCAAAGAC